AGUAAGUAUCGGACUAGUAAACAUCGAUAAGAUACGGUAACAGGUAGUGGAACAAUAUAAAUCGUCGGCUGAAGGACGAUGACGAAACCAAAAUGACGCGGAAAAAUUUUCGGUUGUGCCGCGUAAAUAUUGACACCGCAAAGAAGUGCCCAUCCACACGGAGGAUGAUAAAUAGCGUAGGAACAGAACGGAAAGAAAGUUCGUAAUACAGCUCCAUCGUAUCUCGACCACGAUACUACAAUUUCCGCCGACUGACUACCGCGUUAUAUUCCUAGUUCGUUCCCUGCUAUCGAAUCAUUCUUCAUUCGCCGACCGAUUAAUUGUGUCAGCUUCGCACACAAUUGGCCAUUAUUCAAUUAAGUUUCCACGCGCAUCAUAAUCAGAGCACGUCCAACACGUCCACGUGUACAUCCAGCGAGAUCGGAGUAAAAACGACUAUGUGACACGAUAGAGUGAUUCACAGAAGUUUCUCAACGCACAAACGAAUCUCAAGAAUCAUCGGCAACAGGUGCGGAAUAAUUGCAAUUGCAUAAGUCUAGACGACGGUGACUAGGAUGAUUUAAUGAUACGCUGUGCGGGAACGAGUUAUAACGCCGGUCUCCUGGAACAUGUCGGCCAGUGCGAAGCCGUUCGUCGUGACCGCGGUUCUUAGGCUGCUCGGAUCGUAAGAUUAUCGCGGGAUGACCUAGAAUCUCCCACUCUGCUCGGUUCGAAUCAUCACGUGUCCUCGACAAUAGCUGCGUCUCAUUCGCUGUACCCGGUCGGCAACGGGCGUCGUCGGUGGUCGUUGUCAGUGGUCGUUGCCAGUGGUAGUUGUCAACAGGUGUUGUCAGCGGAAAGGCCAGCGACGGAAACCAUCAUCUUCCGCUAUAGAUGGGGAACAAGACAUCCGAUUACCCGGACGACACUAUGGACGAGUUGGAUCAGUUGAUCGGCUUGAUGACGAAGCGCAUGGGCAAGAACUACACCGAUGCUAACUACAAUCUCGAGUCGCCGAGCGAUUCGUUCUUUUUGUCGAGCAUGUUCUUCCUGAACAUAACCGCGAAGUAUGCCAACGAAGACAAGGGGACGAGGAGCAUUCGAGUCGUCGUGAAGAGACCGCCGCUGCUGGCGGUCAUCCGAGAUAUGUGGAAGUCCGAUAAACAAUUCCACAACGAGAUAUUGUUCUACGAGAAAUUCGCGGUCGGCCACGAGGACCUACCUAUUUGCUAUUACAGCCACGAGAACCCGCCGGUCAAGUCCGUCCUCGUUCUGGAGAACAUCGAGGAAAGGGGAUAUCACCUGUCCUCGUGGAGGUACAACGUCCCCAUGGACUACACGAUAGCCGCGAUCCAAGAAAACGCGCGGUUCCACGCGAAAGGCUACGCGAUGAGAGAGCAUCGACGAGCAGAAUUCUUGGACUUCGUCGGGAACAUGGAGGAAACGAGAUUCGACGACGAUUUGAACGGUUUGUUGCCUGUAGUGAACGGUGCGGCAACUAGGAGCGUCGAUUGUCUGCGCAAGCAGGGCCACGAGAAGGACUUCUGCGACAAACUGUUCGCAUACCUAGAUGAUAUGUUCAACGCGAUGAUGAAGUGCGCCGAACCAGAGGAGCCGCUCGCGACGCUCUGCCACGGCGACUUCACGUUGAACAACACCUUCUUCAAGGAAGAAAACGGAAAAGUGAAAGCUAUGUUCAUCGAUUUCGCGCUGAUGCGUUACGGAUCGCCGGUGAUCGAUCUGUCCUGCUACCUGAGCCUGCACUGCGCCGAGGAACUCGACAAGGACAUGCUCGAAAGUGUCCUUAAAGCGUACAACGACUCGCUGAUCCCGUGUCUGAAGGAGAACAACGUGGACAAUCUCGAACGUUUUUCGUACGAGGCUCUGUGCGACGACUACAAGAAGAACGGUCUGUUCGGUUACGCGAUCGCGUCCUUUUUCUUGUCAACGGUCAUGGGAAAAUGCGAACUGACUCCCGAGGAUAUGGCGGACAUGACUCCUGCCGAAAAGGCACACCUCGCGCGAACGCUUGGCGGAGAGGAGGUCGACGAGAUCCUGGCCAAACUGCUGCUCAACCUGAUGGAAUUCGGCUGUUUGGCUGAUUUGGUUUGAGUUAAAUAUUUAACUUAGAACUAGAACUUUGACUUUUUUAGCUAGUAACUAUGACUUUCUGAUCAGCCUCUGUACGAUGCUACAAUCGGAAGAGCUUCGGUUAAUGGUAGAGGAGAGGUUGGAACAAUCGUAUCUCCUCUUCCCAAAUUGUCUAUUUUUGUUCACAAGCUGAAGGACAAUUGGGAAGAAUUUACUGUACUCGGCGUCGUACAUCUUAGCUCCCAAUUUUUAUUUUAUUACAUAAAUUAGUUCGAUUCUGUGCAGCUUUCGAGGACGACGAGUUGAUACUCCUUGUCGUACUUUAACGAGUACAAUCCGCGAUGGAGAUUUCCGUUUCUUUGAGUGAGAAUAAUAUUCUGUUCCCUUGUCAUCGAUGAUUAAGCGCUCGAGUAAAUUUAUGCGCACAAUAAAUAUAAAUUAUCUUUUUGUUCUUGGGAAUGAUUCGAAUCGAGAAAGUUCCGAUCGUUCGAACUGUGAGAAAAAUUGUACGACAAGGGGUUCGAUAAUUUUAUUAAAAUUAACGAGAAAUUUUAAUAAAAAUAAUGAGGAAGCUGUAUCCAUCAGAACUGAAGAACGCAUUGUUACCGUUAGGUUGAACAACGUAGAAUACUCCUAUAAACGUUUUAUGUAUUAGUUGAGAGACUGUAUGAAUUUAGUUAAGCAGCAUUAAUUUAAUAAUGCUUUCUUCGUGAGAAGUAGGAUAAAAUUUAGUAAAAUGAAGCUAUAUUAUUUUUCUGCCGUUAGACGAUUAUGUUGUCCUUCCCGAAAGAAUUGUUGUUAUUAUACUAUUAUAGAUCGUGGAUCUUCAGUGGACAUAAAUACGUUUUACUUGAUUCGCAAGAAUCGGAUGUUAAAUGGGAAAUUUACUUUCCUAAUAACUUUAUAGUUAACGCGUUAUAGUUUAGUUUAGUUAUAGUUUAGUUUAGUUUUUAUUUUUUAACGUUAUAGAGUUAACGUUAUAGUUUUAUAUUUCUCUUACUCGGUUUUGUCACGAAUACAUAAAAAUCCGCUACGUAGCUGUCACUCGUAAAUUAUACAAAUUAAUUUUAAGCGUUAGUUGUAAAUAUGCGUUGAAAAUGAUAUUUUUUAAUCCGCGGUUUUGUAUAAGACGACUGUGUAAUCGCGAUUCGUUUAGGAUUAAUCGUUUAAGAUUAAUUUCUCGCGAGUCGAUGAGGCGGGCACGAUUUCUGAGCUAUCUACGAACUGCGUUAUAACGCGUCUUCUGCCAAAAUCAGGUAUUAGGGGACGAACGUAUUAGUGAGAUUAGGGUCGACCGGUUUUCGCAAGUGGUGACAGGGUGACGGGGAGGAUCAACGACCUUGAAUGCAUCAACGAGCCUGAACUCUGUUGUAGUAGACGCUUACUUACAUCGUGCAUGCAUCGAAAUUCAGAUUCAAUUUUCGUGGAAGACGCGGAACAUGCAAGGUGGUGUACCUAAUAUUUACGUUCCAGCAAAAACAUCAAAUUCGCGGUGUAAUAAACUGUACAGCAUAUUUAAAGAUUACGCAAAUAUGAUAGGUAACCGAAAAUAAAUACAUGAAUACGAUAAUUUUUGUACCCACUAUACGGACAAAUGUGAAUUCUGCAAAUGCAGUUUUAUCGUAGCAGUGUAAAAAUAUAAGUUGCGAAUUGUAUUCGCAAAUGAACUACUGCUCGAUUAAAUUGAAUUACCAGUUAC